AUGCGUCUGCUCUGCAUCGGCCUCGCUGCCCUGGGCGCGCGCGGCGCGGCCACCCCUGAGAAAUGCGAGCAAUGGGCGCGGGAGGGCGAGUGCGUCAAGAACCACAAAUUCAUGCUGGUCGAGUGCCGCGCCGCGUGCGCGAGCGACGCGCGGGCGCCGCCGAGCCCGGAACACGACUGCCGUUCGUGGGCCGAAGCCGACGAGUGCUCCAAGAACGUGAGAUUUAUGAAUCUCCACUGCGCGGCGGCCUGCAGCCACCGCUGGCUCUGGGCGCCCGACGCGCGGCGUGCGCUCGGCCUGCCCGUCGCGUUGCCGGCGGCGCCGCCGCGGCGGCCGGCCGAGGCGGCGCUGUUCGACGGCGCGCGCCUCGCGCUCGACGGCCACACCGCGCUCGAAGAGCGCGUGGCCGAAUUCGAGGGCAUCGUGUUGCGGGGCGAGCUUCCCAGUGACGUGACGCUGCCCGAGGACGACGCGGGGGCCGCGGCCGCCGUCGCGGAGCAGUACGCGCUCUACGCGGCACGGCUGUUUAGGGCGGUUGCGCCGCCCGACGACGCCAACGCUCGGCGCUUCGCGGCCGCCACGGAGGAGCACACGCUGGCGGCCCUCGACGUGCAUCACGACCCGCGCAGAUUGGACUGGAGCCUCCGCGAGCUCCCGCGCAUCGCGAAGAACUUGCGGGGCGCCAUCUCGGCCCUGCCGGCCAGCUGGGAGGGCAAGAUCGUCGUCGAAGCCGCCGGCGCGGCCGAAACGGGCGUAAAGUCCUGGUGGCGCGGGCGGAAGGCGCAACGCACGACGGUGCCGCUGCCCCGCGCGGGCGUCGAGCUCCCGGUCCUAGGCCUCGGCACGUGCUGGCUCGACGAGCACGAGUCAGAGGCGAGCGUGGGCGCGGCGCUGGCCUGGGCCGCGGCCCACCCGGCGGCGCCGCCGGUGCACAUCGACUCGGCCGAGGCCUACCGCAACGAGGCGGCCGUCGGCCGCGCCCUCGCGCAAUCCGGGGGUCCGGGCCGCGCCUUCCUCGCCUCGAAGCUCUCGGACCGCGCGCACCUCUCGUACGACGGCGCGAAGGCGCGCGUCGCCGAGACGCUGCGCUUCUUCGGCGUCGAGACGGUCGACCUCUACAGCCUGCACUCCGCGUUCAACUUCCUGAACGACGCCAAGGCGCGCGCGGACCUCGCCGGGGCCUGGCGCGCGCUCGUCGAGCUGCAGAAGAAGGGCACGCUCCGCGCGCUGGGCGUGUCGAACUUCAACGCCGUCGAGCUGCGCGCGUUCGCCGAGGACCCGGCCCUCGGCGGGAUCUGGGUCCCCGACGCCCUGCAGAACAAGGUUGACGUGUAUCGGAGGGGCGAACAGGAGCCCGGCGAGGACGACGUGCUCGCCGCCGCCAAAGAGCUCGACAUCGCCGUCGUCGCCUACAGCUCCCUGAGCGGCUGGCCGCGCGGCGUCGGCGCGCGCGCGGACCCGCUACUGCGCCAGCUCGCCGCGCGGCGCGGCGUCGACGUGCCGACGCUGAUCCUGCGCUGGCACGUCGACGCGGGCCACGCGGCGAUCCCGCGGUCGCGCGACGCGGGCCACGUCGCCGAGAACCUGGACGCGCUCUCCCGCGCGCGCGAGCCGCUGGCGCCCGCCGAGCGCGCCGCCAUCGACGCCAUCCCGCACCUCGUCGCCGGCCCGCGCAACCGGCCGGCGACGGCGGACGCCUUCAGGGUCCGAGGCGGGGCUCGGCCGGAGCUCUAG